AUGGCCACACACUAUAUGGAGCAGCGGGACGUCGACGAUGAUCUGUCAGCCAGCAGCCCAGCAACCACGGUGCACACGCAGAGCACCACCGCCCACGCGGGCGCGUGCUUCUCCCCGUUCACCGACGCCUCGGCGCCGUCGACUGUAUCCUCGGCGCCUUCGAGCCCCGCGGCGUACGCCGGGAACAAGAAACAACAACAUCACAGCCGGCGGCAGAUCGGCUCUAUCGACAGCAUCGCCGGCGGCAGCUCGAGUGCCACGACUGCACACGAAGAGGAUGAGUGGCAGCAUAUCACAGACCCCCGGGAGAGGCGCAAGGUGCAGAACAGGAUAGCGCAGAGGAAGUAUAGAGAGAAGGCCGCCCUCAAGCGGGAGACUGAGCGCCGCGACGCGCGCAACCAGCAGCUCGCCGGCGGGUCCUACGCCCGGCCGUGGGUGACGAGCAGCAGCCACGACGAGACUGCCACCGCAUCGUCGUCGUCGAUAUUGCCUCGGCCCCUGGACAACGACGCUGAACAACACGAGCUCAACGGCGUGCCAUGGGGCGGACUGGUCUUCAGCAGACCCCCCUCCAUGAUGAGGACCCAGACGCAGCAUGGCUCGUGGCAGGCCGAGCAGGAAGAGAUGCGACGCCAGUUCAUGGACAGGCAGAGGCUGUUGUGGCAGCGGCAGCAGAUGCAGAUGCACCGGAGGCAUCGGCUGCAGCAGCAGGAGCAGCAGCAGCAGCAGCAGCAGCAGCAGCAAGCGCACGCGAAGAAAGAGAGGCAUAAGCACAAGAAAACACAGCGGCAACACGUGCAGGACGGGAAUGUCCACACGGCCGGGUCAUCCUCUGCACUGGCGUCCUCCGCGAUGCCGUCACUGCUACAAACACAGCACGGUGGCUUUCAUAGUGAUGGCGUGCCCCAGACUAUACAAGGUCAGAUGCUGCCAGGCACAGCGACAGGGGUGGCGACCAGUGGCUACCAAAACAACAUGUUCUUUGUCGCCGAGGGUCCUCAAUCAACAGGCCACCUUCCUCCGACAGGAGGAGCAAUGGACGCCUUUUUCCGGGGCUCCGUGUUCUACGACUCGUCGGUGCAGUCACUUUGGUCGGAGUACACGCCUAUCGAUCCGUCGCUGCUUGUGAACAUGGGGGGCGGGGCCAUGAUGCAUUUGUCUCCUGCAUUUGGGGCAGGGCAUGGGCAGCACGUCGGUGGGGACGGCGGUCUUGUUGAUAGCAUCAUGCUGGAUGAUGAUGCUGGCGUAGAGGAUGAGUUGUUGGCGUGGCCGGACUAAGCGAGGACAGCAUGGAGUAGGGUUGUUUUUAUCUCUGCUAAAAUGACAUAUGAUACCAGAGUCAAAUAACAGUAGAGCUGCAGCAAGUAGAGAUGGAAAGGAUAGGCACGACUGUGCACUUUAAACCUCGCCGUGCACGGCCGGUACUGAAAUACCG